UAGAAGCGGUUACGUGAUACACUUCGCGCUCGUUCAAUUGGAUUCGCAGAGCGAAAACAUCGAAUAAUAGAGGAAGCAAAGCCAACGAUUAGCAGCGUACAAAAACAAACACACACAAUCACGACUGUUUAGAACAACAAAUACGCAGAGUGCAAUAUCAAAUGCUCGAUUGAACUAAAAGAUAAAUAAACAAUUAAGCAAAAUUUAAAAGCAAACAUAGAAAAUGAUUCCCAAUACUGCCCACUUAUCGUAUUGCCUGCGCGUUUUACUUCGACGCACAGCCAGCCCAAAUGUCAUAGGACGCCAUGGUUUCGCCACAAGCAGCGAGAGCGGCGCCUCCACAAUUACCGCCGCACACCCGCUCAGUGGCGUGCGCAUUCUCGAUAUGACGCGCAUCAUUUCGGGCCCCUACUGCACCAUGAUAUUGGCCGAUAUGGGCGCAGAAGUAAUCAAGAUCGAGCGGCCUUUUUAUGGUGGCGAUGAAACGCGUAAAUGGGGUCCACCUUUUUUGGCACAGAGUAAAGACUCGAUUUAUUUUCAAGCGGUUAAUCGCAAUAAGAAAAGCGUCGCCAUUAAUUUGAAACGCGGCAAAGAAAUCAUCUAUGAGCUGGCGCAGAAGUGUGAUGUGCUUGUGGAGAAUUAUGUGCCUGGCAAGCUGGCUGAGUACGACUUGAACUAUGAGCAAUUGCGUAAAGUGGCGCCUCACAUCAUCUACUGCUCGAUGACGGGUUAUGGUUCCGUGGGCCCCUACGCCAAACGUCCCGGUUAUGAUGUCAUUGCAUCCUCCGUGUGUGGCCUUUUGCACAUAACUGGCGAACGAGCGGGUCAGCCCAGUAAGGUGGGUGUGCCUGUAACCGAUAUGGCUACGGGUUUGUAUGCGCAUGGCGCCAUUUUGGCCGCCUUGCUGCAGCGUCAACGCACUGGAGUAGGUCAAAAAAUCGACGUCGAUUUGCUAUCGACGGGCGUGUCGCUAUUGAUAAAUGUGGGCAGUAAUUACUUGAAUGCUGGCAUCGAGGCGCAACGUUGGGGUACCGCACAUUCGAGCAUUGUGCCGUAUCAGAGUUUCAAGACCGCCGAUGGGUAUCUAACUAUAGGCGCUGGUAGUGAUGAUCAAUUCCGUGAAUUAUGUCAACUACUGCAAAUAGCAGAUAUUGCGGAGAAUGCAAAGUUCAAAACAAAUAAGGAUCGCGUUAACAAUCGUGUGGAACUUAUCGCCCUGCUGGAGGAUAUAUUUGCGAAGAAAACGUCAAAGAGUUGGAUGCAGCAAUUUGAAAAUGCCUCAUUUCCAGCGGGUCCCGUUAAUUCGAUACGUGAAGUUUUCGAGGAUGAGCACAUAAAAGCGAUUGGUUUAGUAAAAACCCUACCACAUCCGCGCGAUGAAAGUGUAAAGGUGGUGGGGCCGCCCGUUGUCUACAGCGAGUCCAAAAAUGAUGCACGCACAGCUCCACCAACAAUGGGACAGCACACAGACGAAGUGUUGACGCAGUUGCUGGGCUACAGUGCAGAGCAGAUUGCGGAGCUCAGAGAUAAGAAAAUUAUCGAAUAAACAGAUAAAAAAAAAAUGAACAAUAAGAGUGCAUUUCUAAUGUAGUUUAUUUA